AUGGCCACUGCGACCGCUCUCGAGAAGCCAAACAUUGGCAUUUUCACCAACCCCAAGCAUGACCUGUGGGUGGCAGAUGCCACGCCGACCCUUGAGCAGGUGAAGAGUGGUGAAAGUCUCAAGCCCGGAGAAGUGACCGUCCAGGUGCGGAGUACUGGCAUUUGCGGAUCCGACGUGCACUUCUGGCAUGCAGGAUGCAUUGGUCCCAUGAUCGUUACGGGGGACCAUAUUCUGGGUCACGAGUCGGCUGGAGACGUUAUUGCGGUCGCCCCGGAUGUCACACACCUCCAAGUUGGAGACCGAGUUGCGAUCGAGCCCAACGUUAUCUGCAAUGCAUGCGAGCCUUGCCUGACUGGUCGCUACAAUGGCUGUGAGAGAGUCGCCUUUCUUUCAACUCCCCCUGUGGAUGGCCUACUGCGGCGUUAUGUCAAUCACCCCGCGAUCUGGUGCCACAAGAUAGGCGACAUGAGCUAUGAGGAUGGCGCUCUGCUGGAACCGCUCAGCGUGUCUCUCGCUGCUGUCGAGCGCAGCGGUCUCCGUCUGGGCGACCCUUGUUUGAUCACUGGCGCCGGUCCUAUCGGUCUCAUCACUCUGCUCAGCGCGCGCGCUGCCGGCGCAACCCCUCUCGUCAUCACCGAUAUUGACGAGGGUCGCUUGAAGUUCGCGAAAGAGCUCGUCCCCGAGGUCCGCACAUACAAGGUAGAGAUUGGUCUUUCCGCGGAAGAGACAGCAGAGGGCAUCGUCAACGUGUUCAACGACGGCCACGGGGCCGGCACCGACGCUUUGAGGCCUCGUCUUGCCCUGGAAUGUACCGGAGUCGAAAGCAGUGUCGCUUCUGCCAUCUGGAGCGUCAAGUUCGGUGGUAAGGUGUUUGUUAUUGGUGUUGGCAAGAACGAGAUGAAGAUCCCCUUUAUGCGCCUGAGCACCCAGGAGAUCGAUCUUCAAUAUCAGUACCGGUACUGCAACACCUGGCCUCGAGCGAUUCGUCUUGUCAAGAACGGCGUGAUCCCCCUGAAGAAGCUCGUUACCCAUCGUUAUGCACUUGAAGACGCGCUCAAGGCUUUUGAGACGGCGGCGAACCCUAAAACAGGAGCCAUUAAGGUCCAGAUCAUGAGCUCGGCUGCUGAUGUUGAGGCAGCUUCCGCUGGCCAGAAAGUUUAA